GACCUCAAGCUUGGAAGAUUAACACCUUGAAUGGGCAAGGUGUCCCAUGGACUGCUCUCUCCUCCUGUGAACAGGCUUCAAUUCAGAUGUUUUACUUCUGCUGCGAUCAAUUAUGUCACUCAGCAUUUUGAGAAGGAAAGAAAAAGAAAAAGUAAUUCGAAGACUCUUAAUUCAGGCUCCUCCUGGGGAAUUUUUGAACGCCUUUGACGAUCUCUGUCUACUUAUCCGAGAUAAGAAACUUAUGCACCAACAGGGUGAGUGCGUUGGCCAUCAGCACUGCCAAAAAUACUAUGUACCACUCUGCAUCAAUGGCAACCCAGUCCUCUUAUCUCACCACAAUGUGAUGGGCGACUUCCGAUUCUUUGACCAUCAAAGCAAACUUUCUUUCAGAUUUGACCUGCUUCAAAAUCAGCUGAGAGAUAUCCAAAGCCACGGUAUCAUUCAGAAUGAGACUGAAUACCUGAGAUCCGUUGUUCUGUGCGCCUUAAAACUGUACGUGAACGAUCACUACCAGAUGGGAAAUUGCAAUGUGCUGAGGAAAACCAUCAAAAACAAGGAGUUCUUGAUAGCUUGCAUCGAAGAUCACAACUACGACAACGGGGACUGUUGGAAUGGUCUGUGGAAAUCUAAGUGGAUCUUCCAAGUGAAUCCGUUUCUCACUCAAGUAACAGGAAGGAUUUUUGUGCAAGCUCACUUCUUCUGGUGCGUCAACCUUCACGUUGAAAUCUCCAAAGACCUCAAGGAAAGCUUAGAGGUGGUGAACCAAGCUCAGCUGGCUCUCAGUUUCGCAAGGCUUGUGGAAGAGGAAGAGAACAAAUUUCAAGCCGCCGUGAUGGAAGAAUUACAAGACUUGUCCAACGAAGCCCUGAGAAAAAUUUUACGGAGGGAUCUUCCAGUGACCCGCACACUGAUCGACUGGCAGAGGAUACUCUCUGACUUGAAUCUGGUGAUGCACCCUAAGUUAGGGUACGUCAUUUACUCAAGAAGUGUGUUGGGCAACUGGAUCAUAUUAAGGCGGUUGUCUCCUGCCAAGUGGUUCUGUUUCUGGGGAGGGGGUGUUUGCACAUAA